UCAUCGACAACAACAACAAAAACAGUCAACAAUAACGCAACCACACUAUACCAUAGUAACAUAAUAUAAGCUCCGACGACCGUCGCCGCUUCGACACUUUGCCGCAGACCUUCUCGCCGUCAACGCCGUUUCGUUGCCUAGAAUAAAAAUAAAAUAAAAACCAAGACUCCAAAUCAUCAAAAUGGCAAUCACGAAAAUUACUAUGAUUAAAUUUUUGGAGCUCGCUCUAACCAUUAUCAUUUUCGUCUUGCAUUACAACAGUUUCCCAGGUGGUGAUACCACAUCGAUCAUGAUCACUACCGGAACUUACGUCGGUUAUGUGAUUAUUCUGGCUGGAAUUUUCAUUGGACUUUUUACGGGAACACCAAUAAGCUCUCGACUGGACAUGUUCUUCGUGUUGAUUGGCGCUGCUCUCUUCAUUGCAUCCGGAGUUAUGUCGUACAACUAUUACAAUGGUUUUACAUUGAAAUCGUCCUAUGUCAACACUGGUUUAACCAAGGCUUGGCUGUCCAUCCUCAACGGAAUUGUGUUCGUCGUCGAUGCUGCGUUCACAUACCGUGGCGAAUAAGUUAUAUUUUUAAGGAAAUAUAAUAUUAUUGUUAAGCUAAAUUUUAAAUAAUUAAUAUUUAUUUUGUUCAACAAAUGUUAUAGCUGGUAAAUCAACUGUUUCUUUUUAUAUAGAAAUACAAAUGUAAUUAUGUUGCUUCUUAUUGCGUUUAAACUAAAAAUGUAUAGGUAAUUUAUUUUUCUAUGUACUACAAUAAAUAAUUAAUUUUUUAUCUAUAUAAUAUUUAAUUCAACUCAUAAUUUGUUUACUUGUUGUGACUCAUUUAAAUUUGCUUUAAUUAUUUCUCAGAGUAAAAAUUAUGAUAUAGGCACCUUAUCAGUUACUUCAUUAUAUUAAAAUUGAGUGUGUUAGUUUAUACUUUAAAAUAAUACAAUUCAAUGGUUUCAUAACAACAAACAACAGUAAAUAAUUAAAAAUGUGAUUUAGCAGUCACUUAUUAUUAUUUAUUAUGUCUGUAUAAUGUGUUUCGGCAGGAAUGUUAAUCUUUUUAUUUUUAAGAUUAAGUAAAGUAUUUACUAUUAA